AUGUCCAAGUUCGGUGUACUCGUGAUGGGACCUGCAGGUGCAGGCAAAACGACCUUCUGCACAGCAUUGAUCCAACACUUACAAACCGUGCGUCGCUCCUGUUUCUACGUGAACCUCGAUCCAGCAGCCGAGUCCUUUGCAUAUACCCCUGACCUCGACAUCCGCGACCUGAUCAGCCUUGACGAUGUUAUGGAAGAGAUGUCACUCGGACCCAAUGGUGGUCUCAUCUUUUGCUUCGAGUUUCUCCUACAGAACCUCGACUUCCUGCAUACAGCCAUUGAACCAUUAAGCGAAGAAUAUUUGAUUAUCUUUGAUCUACCAGGACAGAUUGAGCUAUAUACACAUAUCCCACUUCUACCCGAGCUUAUCAAGUUUCUGAGCCGGCAAGGAGCAAUGGGAAUCAACCUCUGUGCGACCUAUCUGCUAGAGGCUACUUUUGUGGUCGACAAGGCCAAGUUUUUCGCCGGUACCCUCAGUGCCAUGAGUGCGAUGGUCAUGAUGGAAUUGCCGCAUGUGAAUAUUAUGUCCAAGAUGGAUCUGAUACAGGGACGGAUCAGUAAUACACAAAUGAAGAAAUUCGUGGAUCCGGACUCGAAUCUGAUGGACGACGAAGAUACCGAACGGAACGCUCUCACAAUGGAAGACGCAUUCGAUCCGAGCGACCCUACUGAAGUUGACCAGGUCAUGAGUGGCGGCAGUUUCAAGAAGCUGAAUCGUGCCGUGGCAAGACUGAUUGACGAUUUCAGUAUGGUGAGCUUUUUGAAAUUGGAUGUCAACGAUGAAGAGAGUGUGGGUGAUAUCCUGAGCUACAUCGACAAUGCCAUACAGUAUCACGAAGCACAAGAACCUAGAGAGCCAAAAGAGUUUGACAACGACGAACCCGUCUGGGAGAACGACUGA